UCAAGUUUCUGUUAUUAUUUUAUUCCACCAUUUGCACAUACAAAUCAUAAAUUUUUUUUAGCUAAGCAGACAAAUUCGUGCCUAAAAUUAAGUCGAAAAUGUUACCCGGUGUUGGAAUUUUCGGUACAGGUGCUAUAACAAAGGUUCUGGUACCACUGCUUCGCGAAAAAGGUUUCGAUAUAAAAGCGAUAUGGGGACCUUUAAAAGAGGCCGAAUCGGUAGCCCAGUCGCAAAAGAUUUCGUUUUUUACCAACAAAAUCGAUGAUGUGCUUCUUCGUAAAGACGUCGACUUGGUAUUUAUUGUAUGCCAACCAUUUCAGCAUGCAGAGAUAUCCAAAAAAGCUUUAGGUAUUGGAAAACAUGUUGUCUGCGACCGACCUAUGGGCCUACAUCAAGCGGAUGCUUUAAAAAUGGUACAUGCAUCACAGUACUAUCCUCGGCUAAUAACACUGGUUAACUAUUCGCUACGUUUUCUUCCUGCAUUUACACAUAUGAAACGAUGUCUGCAAGAAGGACUUAUCGGGCCUAUAAAUCAAAUUUCUUUGGUGGAUAUACGCGUACAAUUGGGUACACUAUUUCCGGAGAAAUUUGACUGGAUGUGUGAUGCAGCAAUGGGUGGUGGAGCUUUAAAUUUGGUAGGCAGUCAUGUUAUUGAUUUGGUAAGCUAUCUUUUACCACAGCAUGCAGUGCGGGUACAUGGCGUCGUGCGUUCAUACACGAAAACAACAGCGGCUGUUAAUGGCAUACGACAAAUUUCAGCCCCAGAUUUUUGUACAUUCCAAAUGGAAUUGGCUGGCGGAGGUGCACUAGUCACUGCCUCCUUGUACAGUCAUACGGUACCCGCAAAGUCAUUCUCUCAAGAGGUGUUGAUUUGUGGCAGCAAAGGUCAUUUAGUCGUGCGUGGCGGAGACUUAUUUGUAUUUAAACAUAAAGCAGAACCACAACAAAUGAAGGAAGAAGCAAUAUAUGUUGAUGUUCAAGAUUUGCACUUUGCUACUUCUGAGUCCUUGUUACCACGUCCAUAUAUUAAAGGUUUAUGUAAAAUGGUUGGAGCACUAAAAGAAGCUUUCGCCAACAAAGAUGCAUCAUGGGUAAAGGAACCUGUUCAAGCCGCUGCAACAUUUGAAGAUGGACUAUAUGUACAAGCAGUGCUGGAUGCCAUCCGUAAAUCAAGCGAAACAAAAUCAUGGCAACGCGUUAGAAUUACGCCAGAGACGCCUUCGAACCAUGAACAGAUCAUGACUUUUGCCCGCAUGUCAACAAUGUAAAAUUUUAUGAAAUUUCUAACAGAGUGCGUAUAAUAUCCACUUUUACCAUUCGAGCAAAAUUUUUUCAUACAAGAGACCUAUGAAAAUUUAAUUUACUUGCCUGGAGAAUGACUAAUUAUUA